ACACACCGUUUUCAAUGGGACAGUCACCGUCCACCGCCGCCGUGCCGUCGCCGGACUUCAACCGCCCCCAAAUUUCUCAGUUACAUUUAAAUAACGACGCCGAUUUCACCGAUUAUUCCACAGUGAAACGCUAUUGCACGCUCCGUCUUCCCGAUGAUUGCUUGGGAGUGAUCUUUCAUUUCCUCAGCACCGCCGAUCGGAAACGUUGCUCUCUCGUUUGCCGGCGCUGGCGCCGCGUCGACGGCGAAAGCCGGCAUCGGCUCUCCCUGAAUGCUCAACCAGAAUUAUUUGAUUUCGUUCCUUCCCUAUUUACGCGAUUCGACUCGGUCACGAAACUCGCUCUGCGAUGCGACCGAAAGUCCGCGAGCAUAAACAACGACGGUUUGAUUCUAAUCUCGCUCCGAUGCAAGAACCUCACGCGCCUGAAGCUCCGCGGCUGCCGGGAGAUAACGGAACUUGGAAUGGCUGGCGUCGGCGAUAACUGCAAGAACUUGAAGAAGCUCUCGUGCGCUUCGUGCAUGUUCGGGACGAAGGGAAUCGUCGCUGUAAUCGAUCGAUGCGCUAAUUUGGAAGAUCUCACGGUGAAGCGGCUCCGUGGGGUCCACGACAGCACCGAAGUGAUUGGUGGCGCUGCUUCGUCGUUGAAAUCUAUAUGCCUGAAGGAGCUUGUUAAUGGCCAGAGCUUCGCGCCGCUUAUAAUUGGCUCAAAGAAGCUUCGAACUCUGAAGGUGAUUGGGUGUUUGGGCGAUUGGGACGAGACUCUAGAGAGGAUUGGAGGCUCCAACGUUGGGUUAAUUGAAAUUCACUUGGAGAAGAUUCAAGUUAGUGAUGUGGGUCUUUGUGGGAUAUCUAACUGUUUGGGAUUGGACACUUUGCACGUUGUGAAAACCGCUGAGUGCUCCAACUUGGGGCUUUCUGCAGUUGCUGAGCGAUGUAGAAUGUUGAGAAAAGUUCACAUUGAUGGGUGGAGGACUAAUAGGAUUGGUGAUGAGGGGUUGAUUGCCAUUGCCAAACACUGCCCUAAUUUGCAGGAGCUUGUGUUGAUUGCUGUUUAUCCUACUUCUCUGAGCUUGGCGUCAAUUGCAUCCAAUUGCAAGAAUUUGGAAAGGUUGGCUCUUUGUGGGAUUGGAACCGUUGGUGAUGCGGAGAUUGAGUGCAUUGCUGCUAAAUGUGUUGCACUUAAGAAGCUUUGCAUUAAGGGGUGCCCUAUAUCUAAUACUGGGAUUGGGGCUCUUGCUUCGGGUUGUCCGAAUUUGAUUAAAGUUAAGGUGAAAAAGUGCAGGAAGAUUACUGGGAAAGGGGUAGAGUGGGUGCGCGAACAGAGGGUUUCUUUGGCGUUUAAUUACGAUGAUAGUGAAGUUGAAGCUUUGGAUGGUAGUGGAAGCGAUGGUGCUGGGGGAGCUCGGGAUAGUACAGUAGAAUUUUUACCAAUGCUCAACCAAACAACCGUGGCUGAUGCUCCGUCAAGUAGUAAUAACAGCCGAUUGACAGGGUUCAGAACAAAGUUUGGGUUUUUGGCCAGUAGAAAUUUGGUGCCUUGUGCCUUCAGAAGGUGGUCAAGCAGUGAAAAUGUUUCCAGUAGCAGCUUUUCUUGAUGUUGGUAAGAAAGCAAACACAUUCUUGCCAAUACGUGAGACGAAUUCUCAUGUCGAUUGCAUGCUCUUGCAAUGUUGCUCUGUGAAUUUUGUUCUCCCUAUUAAUUGUGCAUGUGCCAGUAUUUCUUUUGUUAAUUGCAUUUGUCUGUUACCCUCAUUGAUGUCCCUAUCCUAAUUGUUGUAGAAGGUGAUAAAAGAUUUGUAACUUAUGAAGUCUAUUUUAUUUCUUCCGCUUUGUCGCAGUACUACAUUAAUAUUGGAACACCGAGUAUAUUUGCUAGUUAUUGCGUGUGUAAUAAUC